GCGAGUCGAAGGGGUACGGGUGGUCCCGAGGAGGUCCCGAGCUCCAACGUGUGCAGGAAGAAAUUGAACUUUGACAUCUCAGUAAGUGGAACGGUCAGUCUGCAAUAAACACCCAGCUCUAAAGUGAAGACACUGUAGAUGGGAACCUGUCAAUGCUCGACUGUCUGGCUUCUGAGUGACUUCACUUCUUCACCAAGAUGGCUAUGUCUCAAAACUUUGAGAUUCGAGAAAAGAAACAUGAUGCUGGUGUGGGUUUUGGUGGUGACUGCACUGCUUGUCAGUGAUGUGGCAGGGACAAACAAUUCCUUGGUUCUGAAGAGGACUCAGCGGGACCUUCAAAACUAUAGACUAUUCAGAGGACCCUGUGAGGAAAACUGGUUUCAUUUUCCUCUUUUAAACUCCUGUUACCGGUUUUUCAGUGACAAAAAGGCAUGGAUGGCAGCUGAGAAUUUUUGUAAUCAAGACGCAUAUUGUGGACAGCUGACUUCUGUGAACUCAGACGAACACAACACCUUCAUUUCUAAUGUGAUCUCUAUCGUGGACCAAAAAAAGCCAUGGGCUUGGAUUGGCCUGAAUGACAUUUACCAGGAAGGCACUUUCACAUGGGUUGAUGGAACUGCCUGCAAUUAUACAAGAUGGGAUGUAGCUCAGCCUGAUGAUUACCAAGGCAAUGAAGACUGUGCUCACAUUCAUCUUUCAGGUUACGCAGGAUUUGACAAAAGCCUUGCAGUGUAA